CAGUUGCCUGGUAACAUUGUAACCACUCGUGGUCGCACACUCUCUUCUUGCUGCUCGCUGUGUUUCCAAUCUUUUGGAUUUCGUAGCCUGUCAUGUCUCUUCCGUUUAUUCCAGGCUACUCGUUUGACAAAAACUUGGGAAGGAAUCGUUUCCAUAAGUCUCAAGCGUUUGAGUACCGCAACGACGUGCCAGUCUACUUCGGAGAAAGCAAGCCAGGCAUCGGCGGAGUGCCACUUCCUGGUCAGGACCUUUCACCAAAGACGAGUGUGUUUCCAACAGGAGCUGGUCCUGCAUCUCCGGCGUGGGUUGCUUUCGAUCGUCAGGUGUUGAGAUUUACUGCUUACUUUCAAGAAGCUGUGCAUGAACUGAGAGGAGAGCAGUACAGAGUGAGAAAAUGUCUUAUCUACUUCUACUUGGAGGAUGAUAGCAUCCAAGUAAUUGAACCAAAAGUAUCAAACAGUGGCAUUCCACAGGGCACUCUCAUUCGGCGUCAUCGCGUUCCACAUCCUCCACCAAACGAUGAUCGUUUCUACAACAUUGAAGACUUCAAUGUCGGCAAAGAGAUAACACUUUACUCAAGGACAUUCAAGAUAACGGAUUGUGACCAAUUUACGCGACGUUUUCUAAACAAGCUUGGCACUCACGUUCCGUCUGCUGACUCUAUACCUCUUGACCCAUACUCCGACCAGAGACAACGAGAUCAAGACAGUAUGCAGCCUCUACGGCCAUAUGAAAAGCAUGACACAUUCAAGCAGUUUCUGGAUCACGAUCGUCAUGUGCUGCGUUUCAAUUGUGUCUGGGAUGACACGGACAACAUGUUUGGCGACACACGAGAGUUGGUGUUGCAUUACUUUUUGGCUGAUGAUACGAUUGAAAUUUUGGAGACGAUUCCACCGAACUCUGGAAGGGACACUGUGCCCAUGUUCUUGAAGAGAGCGAGACUACCGAAGGGACCGACGCCACUUCCCAAACCUGGUGAAGUUGCAGAUCGAACGGUUCUCAAUGUGUUUGGUCCAACAGGCUACGGAGGAAGAUACAUAUUGGAUAGUUUAAAGACGGGUGCUGUUCAUACUGAGUGCUACACUGACAAAGAUCUUGCUAUUGGUGCUGUAAUUGAUGUUAUGGGCAGGAGAGUGUUGUUGUAUGGCUGUGACGACUUUACCAAACAUUAUUAUCGAGAGAAAUAUGGAAUCGAGAACUUUGAGCCUCUUCAGUAUCGUCAGGAACGUCUACCAUUGAAAGUUCCUGAAGUACCACCAUACAACGGUUUUGGUUCUGAAGAAGACUCACUUUGCAACUGUACAAAUCUUAUACCAAAACCUCCAAGAAAAGAUUUUAUAAAAUUCAUGCAGAAAGACAGACACGGCAUGGACAGCAAUGUUUUACGGUUUAUCGCUCGUUUUGACACAACAAGACCCAUUGACAUUGACAGACGAUUCAUUGUGUCAUACUUUCUAUCUGAUGACACACUCAGUGUGUUUGAGCCACCACAGAGGAACUCAGGUAUUAUCGGUGGUAAAUUUCUUGAAAGAAGACAAGUGAAAAAACUAGAAGAAGAUGGUAGCGAGGUGGUGCAGUCUGUGUACUACACAGCACAGGAUUUUUAUAUUGGCGCUGUUAUUGAAUUCAACCAUUUCAAGUUUGUUCUAGUUAACUGUGAUGACUAUGCACUUCGUUACAUGGAAAAACACUGCCCCGAAUUUCCAUUAGCCGAUUGGCAAUUGAUAUGUCAACGUCUAAAGGCGGCAGCCAAAGAGAAGAAAGAGGAUUUUGAGAGAGAGUUUGGGAAACAUGACGCACAAAAGGUGGGAAAAAUUGGUUUUGAUUUGUUCAAGCGACUGCUCAUGCAACUGACUGGAGGGACUCUGUGUGAGCAUGAGGUGAUAACUCUUGGAAGACAUUAUGGGGAUCAGCAGGAAGCUCCAUCUGAAAUGCAAGAUCUCGUUGAAUUUGUACGAGACUGUUUGAGACAAGAAAAUUUCCAUAAAUUACCUGAACUUCAAUCUGCAAUGCAUCACUUGGAUGUUGAUCACACUGGAUAUCUUAACAAGAGUGACAUUCGCCAGCUGUGCGUGACCUUCCCUGUACCUCUCAACGAAGAAAUCUUGGAAGAACUUAUACAAAGAUCUCAACAGAACGAAACUGGUCAGUUGAAUUACCAGGCAUUCAUUGAUUCUCUGGACUGGAGAAAGCUAACUACAUUUACCAAAGAGGACAUUCAUACCAAGACAUUCGAUUGUGCAUCUCAAGCAUUGGGACGUGUCAUCUACAGCCAACUCUUUCAAGACAUCUUUUCCUAACACAUCUAAAUCACUCGGUAGUUUACCAUUCGUGUGACACCCACCUUCUCUAGCCUACGUAACAUUGUAUGCGUCAAACAGUCACCACAAAGUUUAACACCACCAUGUAGUUAGAUGAACGGUUAUGUAGCAAGAAUGGUGUGUAAACAUACGGGUCUUUAGAAAUACGCUAUCCGUUCUCUUGC